GGAAAAAAUAUUCAUGGAAGAGUUGGACUUUUCCCAAUGAAUCAUACUAGUUAUAGUAAACCCAUUUCAAGACAACUGGAGUCCCUUAAUAAUAGUUUUUAUAGUCAAAUGGUUUCUACUCCCAAUGAUAUGCUGAAUUUAAAUAAUUCAGAUUCGAAUGUCCCUUCACCUCCUUUUAGAAUGCCAACACCGUCUAUUGAAGAAACCAUCGAUGAUAUACAAAAUAAGUUAAGAAAGAUGAGUUUAAAAGUUAAUGAAAAACAAUUAAAUCAAAAUCAUCCUGAACCACAACAAUAUCCAUGGUCACCAAAGCAAGGUCGCCAUAAUAGAUUGAUUUUAUCAUCACCAUCUUCUUCAAGAACUGUUAGUACCGUUAGUAGUUCAUCACAUCGACAAUCUGCUGAAAGUCCCAAAAAAAAUGUCAAUUCUGCAGAUUUAGUUUCUCCCAUAACUUCUAAUGAAUUUGUAUCAACUCCGAGACAAAGUAUUCCGACAAAGGAUCAUCCAUCAACUUGGGAUGUAAGGCAGGUUUGCCGAUGGUUAGAUGAGGUCGGUUUUGGUUCUGAAAUAAACAAUUUUAUCGAUAAUGAUAUAACUGGCGAUGUUCUUCUCGAGCUUCAUUUAUCUACGUUAAAAGAGUUAAAUGUAAUUUCCUUUGGAAAACGCGUACACAUAAUGAAUGCCAUAAAUGCGCUUAAAGCCAAAUAUUCAAUUGGCGUUGGUCCUGAUGAUGAUGUAUCGGAUAUAGACGAGUAUGCCGGUUCUGUUCAACCAUAUUCUCCAGUGCAAACUCCCGUUUAUCGUUUUCAAGCUAAAUAUAACACCAGUAGCCCUACGUUAGGUAGAUACGCUUCUAAUAAUGAGUUUAUGAAAUUUCCUGGCCUUCCAGAAUCGCCCAGGAAUUCUGCUAGCAAUACUCCUGCUUCUUAUGCUCGAUUAAAACGCGUUGAAGAUGUUGAUAUUGUAAAUGUUGAAGCAGUUGACCCUAAACCUAAAAAAAAUAAAAUUUUGUCAAAAUGGAAUUCUUUAAAAAAAUCCAAAGAGAAAAGAAAUAAACUUCGAUCAUCUUCUGAAGGUGGAUAUGAAAUAAAUUUGGAGGACAGGAAUCAAUUCAUUAAUGAUAAUGUUCGACCAAUGUCUCCGAGUUCAGAGAAAAAUCGAAGAUUAAGAUUUAGCAGAAAGAAACAUCCAGAAAGUAUAAUCGCGAGUCCUGUGAUGCAACCAAAACAGUCUUUAGAACCUGGAAGUCCUCAUUAUCAUAAAUGGGAGGCCAUAGAAGAUUUAAGCGCUAUGGAUUUGGAAGUAUUGAAAUCCAUUGGCGAACCUGAUUACGAAGGAUGGCUUAAAAAGCAAGGCGAUAAAUAUAAAACAUGGAAGUCUCGUUAUUUUAUAUUGAAAGGAGCAGAUCUCUAUUAUCUUAAGAAUAAUAAGGACAUCCACCAUCCUAAAGUAAAAGGUCAUAUUGACUUAACGGGAUAUCGCAUCCUUACUGAUGAAAAUAUAUUACCUGGAAAAUAUGGGUUCAAGAUAGUUCAUGACAUGCUUCGAACUCAUUUUUUUGCACACGAGGACGUUAAUGUAAUGAAAGGAUGGAUAAAAGCAAUGAUGAAAGCUACGAUAUCUCGUGAUCAUAAUGCGCCGGUAAUCAGUUCAAGUAAUAUAAAUACAGUUCCAUUAGCCGAUGCUCGUAAAAUGUCACCACGACCACCGCAACCUCGACGUCCAUCAUUCUCCGCCGCUGCA